AUGCGGAAUCGCCUGCACAAAAAGGAAUUUUCCAUUCACAAGGACGCUGUCAACGCCGCCGCCUCUCUCGCCGCCAGAUUCACCGAACUACAUGCUCCCGCCGAGAAGGAAAAGACCUUGACGCCUGCCUCCACCGGCUCCAUCAACAGCAUGAAAGGCCGGAGCCCCGCGACCUACAAGCCGGCAGUCGCCAGGUCGAGCACUAUCCGGAGCGUACCCAGCUUCGAGGGUUCCGAGUCAAGCCCCGACAGCAAGCACAGCGCCUUUUCGAGUAGCGUCAACAGCACCGCCAGCGCCAUGUCCAACAACCCCGAGCCGAACCACCACGCCCAGACCCCCGUCAAGGCCAAGGCCGAUCCAAACAACACAUCAACGACACCCUCUCGCUGGAGCACAGGCGCACCUCGAGUGGUAGAACCUACCCCGGAACCAGAUCAUUCCACAAUGUCAGACGGACCCGAACACGCGGACGGUCAAUGGGACUCGACGAUUGGCAAGGCGGGUUUGGGCAAGACUGGGCGUGUUAUCAACAAGCUCGUCAGCGACAAUGAAUCCCUCAAGCGAGAUAUCCAGAUCGAGCGCCUGAAAGCCGACGAGGCCAAGCAGGCCGCAAAGUUGGUCGAGGACAAGAUGGAGCGCAUCGUCAGCGACUAUGAGAGCCGGCUCCUCGAAGCCAACGUCACAAAGACUCUGCUAGCCCGCAAGGAACGCCAGGUCGAAUCGCUAACAGCCACCGUCGACCUCGAAAAGAAAAAGACGGUCAGCGCCCUAGAGCGGGAAAGGAACUGGAAGGACGAAAUGGAGAAGACAAGGAAGGAGACGACAGUCCAGGUGGAAGAGGCAACAAAUUAUGCACAGCUGAUGGAAGGCCGAUACAACGCCAUUUCUUCACACUGGCGGGAUCAAGGCGACGAGGUGAAGCGGGCCGUUUCCAAAAUGAAGACCGAGAUCGAUCAACUAAACGAAGAGCGACGGAAAGACGACGAUAAGAUACAGACACUAAAGGACCUCUGCGACCAACAAGACAGCAACAUCAAGCAGCUUCGACAUGAAAAGGAAGAAAUCGCCCGCAUGUUUGAAGAGUACAAGAAGGCUCAAGAGGACGCGCUCAAGGACAUCAAGACCAACGCAAGGAAGCGAGAGGAUGAGCAGGAGCGCCUAUUAGAGCAGUCCAGGGAGGCACUCGCCAAGCUAAAGUGGGCGUUGAACGUCAAGGAGAACGUCAAAGGCGCGCAAUGA